ACUGCAGACGCCAACCAAGGGCGGGGGCUAGCUGCUACCUAGCUUCUUCUCUUCUGCUUGCUAAUAACCGAGCGAGAGCAGCUGUUGUAGCCUACAGCUAGAGCAACGAUUGACGACCAUCCACAGCAGCUAGCAUACCGUCUGACGAAACAACUCUGAAAGUUACUAUCAAGGGAGAGAGAAGGCAUUGGAGGUUGUUGAAGUCCAGGUCCAGGCAGCCUGCUGGCAGUGAGCGAGAGAGGCAAGGCAAUGGCGUCCUCACUGCUCCACUGCUCCGACAAGCUCCCGUUCCUGGACGUGGAGACCAUCCUCCACAUGAAGGAGGGGCUCGGCGAGACCAGCUACGCGCAGAACUCCUCGCUUCAGAAGCGAGGCAUGGACACGCUCAAGAGCCUCAUCACCAACGCCGCGACGGACGUGUACAUCUCGCAGAUGCCGGAGAGGUUCACGGUGGCGGACCUCGGCUGCUCCUCGGGCCCCAACGCGCUGUGCCUGGUGGAGGACAUCGUGGGGAGCAUCGGCAGGGUGUGCAGCCACCGGUCGUCGUCGUCGCAGCCGCCGCCCGAGUUCUCGGUGCUGCUCAACGACCUCCCCACCAACGACUUCAACACCAUCUUCUUCAGCCUGCCGGAGUUCACGGACCGGCUCAAGGCCGCCGCCAGGACCGACGAGUGGGGCCGCCCCAUGGUGUUCCUGUCCGGCGUCCCGGGGUCCUUCUACGGGAGGCUGUUCCCCAGGAACAGCGUGCACUUCAUCUGCUCCUGCUCCAGCCUGCACUGGCUCUCCCAGGUCCCUCCGGGGCUCUUCGACGACGACAUGGACGGCGGCACGCCGAUCAACAAGGGCAAGAUGUACAUAUCGAGCACCAGCCCCGUCGCCGUGCCGCUGGCCUACCUGAGGCAGUUCCAGAGAGACUUCAGCCUGUUCCUCAGGUCACGCGCCGCCGAGGUCGUCGCCGGCGGCCGGAUGGUCCUGGCCAUGCUCGGCAGGCAGCAGACCGAAGGGUACAUCGACCGGCGGACGACCUUCCUGUGGGAGCUCCUGUCGGAGUCGUUCGCCGCGCUUGUGUCGCAGGGGCUGGUCGAGCAGGAGAAGGUGGACGCGUACAACGUGCCGUUCUACGCGCCGUCGGUGCAGGAGGUGGAGGAGGAGGUGCGGCGGGAAGGCUCGUUCCGGCUGGACCACGUGCAGACGUACGAGAUCAACCUGAGCAGCAGCGGCGACGCCAAGGAGGACGGCCGGACGGUGUCCAUGGCGAUCAGGGCCAUCCAGGAAUCCAUGCUCAGCCACCACUUCGGGGCCGACAUCGUGGACGCGCUGUUCCACAGGUACACGGAGCUCGUCACCGAGUCCAUGGAGCGGGAGGAUGUCAAGAGCCUGCAGAUCGGGGUGGUUCUCACAAAGUUGUGACUUGUGACCGAUCCUCCACAGGACUUUACACGGUUGAUGAUAGGCUACUAUACUGCUGCAUUGCAUUUGCAUGACCCUGUUCCGUCCUGGUGUGGCGCGUGUUUGUGUUUGUGUGUCUGUGUGUUCGUUAGUACUAGCACGGAGUAACGGUAACUGGUGGUAACAAAAUUCAUGUGUAUCUAGAUAACUGAUAGGAUUGGGAGAGUGCGAGUCAAUUAACAAAUGUAUUUGAAUGUCAAUGGUAAAUACACCUUUCUAUUUGUGCACCA